AUGGCUGCCGCCGGUGAUGUUUUCAGGCAGGGCUUGCCGGAAGUGGGUGCCGGGAAGCUGCAUGUGCUUGCUGUUGAUGACAGCCACGUGGACCGCAAGGUCAUUGAACGGUUGCUCAAAAUCUCGUCUUGCAAAGUGACGGUGGUGGAAAGUGGAAGCCGCGCUCUGCAGUAUCUGGGAUUGGAUGGAGAGAAAAGCUCUAUUGGUUUUGAUACGGUCAAGGUUAAUUUGAUAAUGACAGAUUACUCCAUGCCGGGGAUGACAGGAUAUGAACUGCUCAAGAAGAUAAAGGAAUCAUCUGUUUUUAGAGAGGUUCCAGUGGUGGUUAUGUCGUCUGAGAAUAUAUUGACCCGAAUUGAUAGUUGUUUGGAGGAGGGAGCAGAAGAGUUUCUGUUGAAACCUGUGAAGUUGUCAGAUGUAAAACGCGUGACAGAUUUCAUCAUGAGAGGUGAAGGGAAGAAAGGAGUAGAAAAAUCUCACAAGAGAAGAAGAUCAGAUGAUUGCACCCCUCCAUCACCUUCUGCAUUGCACUCAAAGAAGUCCAGAUUGAGCAUAUAG